GGUUCCACCAUUUUCUAUUUUCCAAGUGAAUUCCCGUUGAGUAAAAUACAUGUUUUCUUUUUCUUGAUUUUAUAUAAUAUUAUAUGUUUUCAUUUGGUGGCAGAAAUGAGAAGCCGUCUAGGACAACGACAUUAACAAGAAGCAUCAUCCUUUAAAGUGUGUCUCUCCCUCCAUCUUUUUUUAUUUUUUCCUGAUAAAAUAAAAUGGAACUCUCAGAAACCAAUUGAACCCUAUAUGCUAAACCAACCAAAUUUUGCACAACAAAGUAUCAUCCAGUGAUGCUUCACUCUCAGAGCUACAGUUCCAGAGAAUUAGGGCAAGAGAGUUUCCUAACUGAAAUGCAAAACCACAUCUUCUUCUCACCAACGAAACCCCACAGCCUCCAAUGCCCUUUCAGAGCGAGGGCCUUUUUAGGGUUUACCCUCCAUAACCCAAACUUAGAUAAAAGACAAAAUUACCUUCUUCCUUACAAAGCCUUUGACAUAAUUGUGAACCCGCAUGCCCAUAAGCAGCAUACUUCGACAUGGCCUAGGGUUUUUAUAGGGUUUAAGCUUCACUGUCAUUCAAAAUCGCUGGUUUUGCCCACCAAAGUUUCUUCAGUUAACGGUAAGAAAAAGAGGUAUGGAGGUGUGUUGCCUCGCGUAUUGCGGUCUUUAGAGUCGGAAAAUGAUAUCGAAAAGGCUCUUAGUUCGUUUGCUGAAAAUCUCAGUCCAAAAGAACAGACUAUAGUUCUCAAAGAACAGAGGAGCUGGGAUAGGGUUAUUCGGGUUUUCGAGUGGUUCAAGUCACAAAAAGAGUAUGUACCCAAUGUGAUUCAUUACAACGUUGUGCUCCGUGUACUGGGUAGAGCGCAGAAAUGGGAUGAACUGCGGCUCUGCUGGAUUGAUAUGGCCAAGAAUGGUGUUUUGGCAACGAACAACACGUAUAGUAUGCUUGUCGAUGUGUAUGGUAAAGGUGGUCUUGUUAAAGAAGCGCUUUUGUGGAUUAAGCACAUGAAACUGAGGGGACUUUACCCUGAUGAAGUUACCAUGAAUACGAUUGUUCGUGUCUUGAAGGACGCUGGAGAGUAUGAUAGGGCAGAUGGGUUCUACAAGGAUUGGUGCAACGGGCGGAUUGAGCUGGAUGAUCUUGAUGUGGAUUCCAUGGUUGAUUCUGUCAAUGGGUCCGACUCAGCACCUAUCAGUUUUAAGCAUUUCUUGUCCACUGAGCUUUUCAAGACAGGUGGGAGAGCCCCCACUCCUGUAACUAUGGCUUCUCCAGACACACAAAAUUCUAUUAGGAAGCCUAGACUUACAUCUACAUACAAUACUUUGAUUGAUUUGUAUGGGAAAGCAGGGCGUCUGAAGGAUGCGGCCGAUGUGUUUGGAGAAAUGUUGAAAUCUGGGGUGGCAAUGGAUACCAUAACUUUCAAUACUAUGAUCUUUACUUGUGGAAGCCAUGGGCAUUUGUCAGAGGCUGAAGCUUUGCUUACUAAGAUGGAAGAAAGGGGAAUAACUCCUGAUACAAAAACUUAUAACAUCUUUUUAUCUUUGUAUGCUGAUGUGGGCAAUAUUGAUGCAGCUCUCAAAUGCUAUAGGAAGAUACGAGAGGUGGGCCUUUAUCCAGAUGUUGUAACUCACAGAGCUGUUCUUCAUAUACUAUGUCAGAAGAACAUGGUUCAAGAUGUGGAGACUGUGAUUAAAGAAAUGGAGAAAUCUCAUGUGCAGAUUGAUGAGCAUUCUGUUCCUGGUGUCAUUGAGAUGUAUAUUAAUGAAGGACUUCUCGCGAAGGCAAAGUUAUUUCUUCAGAAAUGGCAGGUAGAUGGUGGAUUAUCAUCGAAGACAUAUGCCGCAAUUAUAGAUGCUUAUGCUGAAAAGGGACUUUGGGCUGAAGCUGAGGCUGUGUUCUUUAGGAAAAGAGAUCGGGUUGAACAGAAAAGGAACGUCAUUGAAUACAACGUCAUGAUCAAGGUUUAUGGUAAGGCAAAGCUUUAUGAUAAAGCUUUCUCUCUCUUCAAGAGCAUGAGAAAUCAUGGUACAUGGCCUGAUCAAUGCACUUAUAAUUCACUCAUUCAGAUGUUAUCAGGAGGUGAUUUAGUAGACCAAGCAAAGGACCUCCUCGCUGAAAUGCAGAGAACGGGUUUUAAACCACAGUGUUUAACCUUCUCUGCUCUUGUUGCAUGCUAUGCUCGUCUUGGCCAACUAUCUGAAGCGGUAGAUGUGUACAAAGAAAUGGAGACCGCUGGAGUAAAACCAAAUGAAGUUGUCUAUGGGUCUUUGAUCAAUGGAUUUGCAGAAUCUGGCAGAGUUGAAGAAGCACUUAAGUAUUUUCACCAGAUGGAAGAAUCUGGGAUUUCUGCGAAUCUAAUAGUAUUGACAUCCCUGAUGAAAGCUUACAGAAAGGUGGGGUGCUUGGAUGGGGCAAAGUUGCUCUAUGAGAGGAUGAAAAAUUUAGAAGGUGGUGUAGAUAUCGUCGCAUCCAACAGUAUGCUUGAUCUCUAUGCUGAUCUUGGGAUGGUCGCUGAAGCCAAACUUGUUUUUAAUAAUUUGAGGGAGAAGAGUAUGGCAGAUGAGGUUUCAUAUGCAACCAUGAUAUAUCUUUACAAGAGCAUGGGCUUGCUUGAUGAAGCCAUAGAUAUAGUGGAGGAAAUGAAAGAGUCAAGUUUGGUAAGGGAUUGUGCUUCAUUUAACAAGGUAAUGGCAUGUUAUGCUUCUAAUGGGCAGCUACGUGAGUGCGGUGAGUUAUUGCAAGAGAUGGUUGCUCGGAAACUGUUGCCUGACAGUUGGACCUUUAAAGUGUUAUUUACCGUAUUAAAGAAGGGAGGUAUUUCUAUUGAAGCAGUAACACAGCUAGAGUCAUCUUACCAGGAAGGUAGGCCUUAUUCUCGGCAAGCCAUCAUCACCUCUGUUUUCUCCACGGUGGGUUUGCAUGCUUUGGCACUCGAGUCCUGUGAAACUUUCGCAAAAGCUGACGUGAAUCUUGAUUUGUCUGCCUACAAUGCUGCAAUAUAUGCUUAUGGGGCAGCUGGGGAAAUCGACAAGGCUCUGAAUAUAUUCAUGAAAAUGCAGGAUGAGGAGCUAGAACCUGAUGUUGUAACAUAUAUUAAUCUGGUAGGCUGUUAUGGAAAAGCUGGAAUGAUUGAAGGGGUGAAGCGGAUUUACAGCCAACUAAAGUAUGAAGAGAUUGAACCCAAUGAAUCCUUGUUCAAUGCUGUCGUAGAUGCAUAUAAAAAUGCUAAUAGACAUGACCUUGCCAAAUUGGUUAGCCAAGAGAUGAAAUUUGCACUGGACUCGGAAAAUUAUACGGGUUCUGAAACCGGAGAUAAGUUUGAUGACAGUUCUUCAGAUCAAGAAAGUCCAUAACUGUUUGGAUUGACAAGUUACCUGUGCUAUAAGUUGUACAGAGAAAUCAAGCAAUCAAUACUUUAUAUGGUAGAUGUUAGCUGGGAGGUUGAAUUUUGUAGGAAAAGAGUUUGGUUUAGAAGAUUGCAUGUAAAUUGUGUAUCUCAUAUGCAACUUUAGAUUUAUAUGAUAUUUUUAAUACUGUAAUUUUUGCCUGUACCAAGUCAAUGUAACAACUUUUUGCUCUUA